AUGUUAUAUCCUUCAAAGCAGGAGGGCUUCAUGGUUUGUGCUUCAAAGGCCACCAACCACAAACCCUUGACCGGUGUUGUCUUUGAGCCUUUUGAGGAGUUGAAGAGAGAGUUUACGCUUGUACCCACUGUUCCCCAAGACUCUCUUGCUCGCCAGAAGUACUCCGAUGACUGCGAAGCCGCUAUUAAUGAACAGAUCAAUGUGGAAUACAAUGUUUCCUACGUUUAUCAUGCCAUGUUUGCCUAUUUCGAUCGAGACAACGUUGCUCUCAAGGGUCUCGCCAAAUUUUUCAAGGAAUCUAGUGAAGAGGAAAGGGAACACGCUGAGAAAUUUAUGGAAUACCAGAACAAGCGCGGUGGGAAGGUGAAGCUGCAGUCUAUCUUGAUGCCACUAACGGAGUUUGAUCAUGCUGAGAAGGGGGAUGCAUUAUAUGGUAAGUUUGGCCACAUUUAUCCUACUCCCUCCGUCCCAUAUUAAUUUUCUACUUUUUACUUCACAUGCCCUUUAAAAAUCAUUAAAGAAGUGUAAAAUUGAUUACUUAAGAAAUCUUUUUGGAACUUUACAAAUUAAUUGUUUUAGAUUUCCAAAAAGAACUGUUGUUCACUUUUGACACCUCAAAA